AUGCUGGGUCAUCCCUUGUCCCAGUCGUCUUUGCAGAAAUCCACCAUGCAUGCCACAGGUGAAUCUAGGGAGCCCGAGGAGAGGAAAGAGGGGUACUCCACUCACCUACUACUCUCUGGCAGCCUCAGACCCCCUCAUGGGCGGAUUUUAGCCCCAACCCUUUCAGAUCCCUGCAAAGCAGGAUAUAUUCCAGGAGGCAAGUUGGAGAAGUUAGUCGACCAUUUGGUGCCUUCCUUGCUCUUUGGCGAUGCCUCCUUUAUCCCCGUAUUUCUGGGGACCUACCGGACUUUUUCAACCCCCCACCAAGUAUUGAGCCUACUGUUCAAUCGAUACGGCUCUUUUGCUGAUCGUCACGAUGAGGAGGCAGGAGCGCAGGAGCAGCUUCAACAAGCCUUCUCAUUCAUCCUGGGUUCCUGGAUGAAGGAAUACCCAGAAGAUUUUCUUCAAGCACAGGAUGCGACUUGCUUAAAUCAGCUAGUCCAGUACCUACACCACAAUAUGCCCGGGUCCCUGGAGGAGCGUCAGGCCCGCCGUCUGCUCACCCAGCUGGAGCACAUGCAUGCCAAGCAGCCUGAGCUGGAGGCUGUGCCUACAGUCCCAAUGCUUGCAGACAAUGCAAGUGCACAAGAAUGGGCACCUGAAGCACUGGCUCCAACACCCAGCAUGGAAGCAAUCCUCCCAUCUCAGUCAUAUCUAGAACUGAGUACAGCCUCAGAACCCCCCUCAGCUCCAGGACAUGCUGUGGAGCUCCAGCAUGAGCCACUGGGAGAUGGAUAUUCUGGCUCCCCUGCACCAUCUUUGAUGGAGCCAUCUGCAGAGCCAGAGCCCGCUCCACCUCCAGCUCGAGAGGCAGACAUGCCUGCUGAAGUAGAGCCAGCUCCCAGGGACUUCCUGGACCUGGAGGAUUUUCAGGUUUCUUCCAGGGAGCCGUCGCAGAUUUCCAUGAAGGAUUUUGAAAAUGACCUGACCGGAGCACACGUGCUGGAGUGGCUGCCUGAGCUGAAGGCAGAGCAGUUCUCCCUCAUGGCAGUGGAGCUCUUCAAGAAGCUCAAGCCUUACCACUGCCUGCACUACGUACGAGCAGACCCCAACGAUGAGAGACAGGAGCGCCUGGCACCCACUGUGCUUGCCAUACUGACACACUGCGACCAAGUGUCCAGCUGUGUCAUCACCACCUGUCUGGGGAACCACAGUGUGCAGGCUGCAGAGAGGGCUGAGGUGGUGGAACACUGGAUAGAGGUGGCCUUGCAGUGCCAUCUGCUGAAGAAUGUCUGCUCCCUCUUCGCAGUACUCUCUGCUCUGCAGAGCAGCCCUCUCCAAGGCCUGAAGAGGACGUGGAGAGCUGUGUCCAGGGACAGUCUCGCGGUCUUCAAGGAGCUGAAGAGGAUGUUCUCCAAGGAGACAAUUUACAAGGACUAUCCCGAGGGCACGGUCCCUCACCUGGGCACCAUCCUCACACACCUGGCCUCACUGCAAAAAGACAAGGACUCCAAGAAUGAGUUCAAGGUGAUGUCCCUCAUCAAGGAACUGCAGGGCACGUGUCAGGAGCUCCAUGUGGUUCCUGAGGUGAACUUUGUGUCAUGGUUCACCAAUCUGAAACGCCUCAGUGAAACUGAAUGGUGA